CACAAGCCCCAACCAGGCAGAAGCCUCAGUUGUGCGGCACAGGCAAAGCCAAGCGGUUCGGCGUCGGAAAAACUCGAAAAAUAUUUUAAAUCAAAUCGAAUUCUAGCGGCAGUUAACCAAUUUUGUGUGCUGUGACCAAUGGGAUUUAUUUUUGUGGACAAUAGUGAAAUUUAGCAAGACCAAAAAGUGCUCUUUGAGAGCAAAAAAACCGUAAAUACUGCAACACUUGCAUUUUCCCUCACGUUCAAUUCGCCCAAUAGCUCCCGACUGACACACAUUUGAUGAGAACAAAUAGCAAACUUAAAUAAAUCAACCGAAAAUAAUGUCAACGAAAUCAAUGGCGGGCCACGGCAGCUGCAACAUGCUGCUGCUGCUGCUGUGCCUGUUGCUAUUGCUGCCGGCAGCAUUGCUGGCGAUCCCCAAGAACAGCAACAACAUCAACAAUGCGGCGACAUCGACAACCGCAACAGAAACGACGGCAGCAACAACCACAUCUGCUGCUGGCACUAACAAUGCCAUUGCCAAUGCCAAUGCCAAGGCUGGCAGCAAAUACGAGAUACGCGGCGUCGCCGGUGAACCAAAUUACAAAUCGGUGAAUCUGACCUGGGAAGUUGAAUUCGUGCCGUCGGCCCAUGACACAGAUUCGAGCGGCAGCAGCAGCUCCAGCUCCAGCUCCGGCACCAACUCCAGCUUAAGCUCAACGACAAAUAUGAGCGGCGAUGUGGAACCGCCCCGGGCAUUGGCAUUCCAGAUCUUCUACUGCGAGAUGCAGAACUAUGGCCCACAGCGGUGUCGUGUCAAAUUGGUCAACGGCACUGCCGCCGAGGUAUCCCUGGAGGAUAAGGAACAGCAGGAGCAGGAACAAGAGCCAAAGGAGGAGCAUGAUCCCUUAGGUCCCCAAAUCCAGCACUUUGCCGCUGCAGUCGACAACUUACGCAUGGCCACCAGAUACAGUUUCCACAUCCGCCCAGCCGCCCAGAGACGCCUCCAGGCGAGCGGUACUCGCAGCUCUAACGCCCGAGCCGAGUUUCAUGAUGAGAAUGAAAUUGAAAGUGGAUCUGGUCACCUGCCUGGCCAGAGCAUCAUCAUUCCCACCAAGGGCUUCUCCGCCCAUGCCACCCAAUGCCUGCCACAUGCCUCAGAAAUCGAGGUGGAAACUGGUCCAUAUUUCGGCGGUCGUAUCGUCGUGGAUGGUGGCAAUUGUGGAGUCAAGGGUGAUGCCAGUGAUGCCGCAGACAAAUACACCAUGAGGAUAGACCACAAGGAGUGCGGCAGCUUGGUAAAGCCGGAGACCAACACGGUGGAGACCUUCAUUACAGUGCAGGAAAACCUGGGCAUCUUUACCCAUAGUACAAGACGCUUCGUGGUGGUCUGCAGCUAUCAGUCCGGCAUGCAGACGGUCCGCGCAAGCUUCACUGUGCCCGGUAAGAAUGGAGUGGCCGCCGCCUAUGAACCCAACGAUCCCUUCGAGCCGGACGAGGACCAGCGACUGGGCAGGGAGCUUCGCCAGAUGCGCUAUGUGAACAAAACCGAACUGGUGCUAAAGGAGCCAGAAUCCGAGUCUCAAAACGAUCCAGAGUCCGAGUCCGGAGAGCAGGCCACAGUGGUGGAGGAAACCCAGCCGCCAUCUCCCUCCACGGAGCAGGCAGCUCCUCUGAGAGGAGGACAGGGCAGGUCUCUGGACUUCAACGAGGUGAACAACUUGGCAGAAGAGCCGGCGGUAGGACGUCACCUGGAGCCUGUGGUGGGCACUAAGUACGCCAAACUGGUUGUGGACCAGGCACACAGCUCCUGGAUGCCGCUGGAGGUGGGUUCGCCACCCAGUGGGAACGAUGAGGAUAAAGCUGUUUUGCGUUAUAUUAGCUCCCAUCUGAGCAGCGUGCUGGUUACCGUCUCGCUAUCUGUGAUAAUCAUCAGCAUUUGCAUCGUACUGCUGCAGCGCCAGCGGAUCCGUUCCUCCUCCCGUCGCUGCCGCUCUCCCCCGAUGGUCGCCCACCUGCCGCACAAGACGCUGCCGCGUGCUCUGCAGCAGCAGCAGCAGUAUCAGUGCACCUUGUAGGUGCUUUCCCACUCCAUACCCCACCCAUUCAACCCACUCCUUUGACUUCCUGCUAUGCCCACUUGUCUUGCUGAAUGCCACAGAGAGAGAGAGAUGGGACAUCACCAUUUAGCUGAAGAUGACUGAGCAUAGCUACUCCCCCAUCUUAGCCAGGCAACUCCAACGGUACCAGCGGGAUCAGCAUCCCCGAAUUUACAUAAUUGUGAACUCGACUUGGGCUCUGGCCGAGCUUUAACUGUGCAAUCACGAGUAAGCACAUGCGGACAGAACCCCUUCUCAUAGAGCGAGAUUAGCCCGUAGACUCUUAGAUGUACGAAUUUUGUAUAAAUUAUUUA